AUAAUAGGACCUUACAGUUAUAGAAGCUCUCUAUAAAAAAGGUGAUUAAUUAGUCUCUUAGACAUAACAUUCUAUCAUUCACUCCACAAGAACAAAUUAAUAAUAACCAAAAGAAAGGUCAAAAAAUGUUAGCAACAUCUCUGCUUUACCCUCUCCUUACUACCAUUGCCCUGUUCUUAGCACCCGGAUCAUAUGCUAUCAACCAAACCCAAAAUCAUUCUUCUUCUUUACCAUCAACAUCCUCUACUAUCACCUACCAUGGCGGCCAUCUCUUGACGGAACCAAGUGGUAUCAACGUGUACAUUAUAUGGUAUGGAGCUUUCUCUAUAGAGGAUAGAACAUCCAUAAUUGAUUUCUUUGAUUCUUUCGAUCAAAAAGAUCAUGAAGAGCCUAGUGUCUUAACCUGGUGGAAAACAACAGCUUCUUACAAGGACAAGGAAAACAACCCAGUUUCAGGAAUCGUUAAACUCGCUAAACAAGCUGGUGAUAUAUAUUCUUUUGGAAAGAGGCUUCAUCGUGGCGAAAUUCAAGAGAUUGUCAAUAAGAAGAUAAAGGGUGAUAGAUUACCUGUAGAUUAUAAUGGUAUAUACUUGGUUAUGACUUCUAAGGAUGUGAUCGUGGAGAAGUUUUGCAUGGGCUCUUGUGGUUUUCAUGAGACUAGUGUUGGGCCUUCCAAUAAAAGAUUGGUGUAUGCACAUGUAGGUGACUCUUCGCAAUGUCCUGGUUUAUGCGCCUGGCCUUAUGCAAUUCCAGCUUAUGGUCCUCCAGGUCCUGCGCUGGUACCACCUAACGGCGUUGCUGCUGAUGGAAUGAUUAUAAACAUUGCUACUGUUCUUGCAGGAGCUGCCACAAAUCCUUAUAAAGAUGGGUAUUUUCAAGGUGAUGCCUUGGCACCAUUAGAGGCUGUUACGGCUUGUCCUGGAAUGUUUGGUGCUGGAGCUUACCCAGGAAAUCCUGGACAUCUAAUUCAGGAUAAAGAAAGCAAGGCGAGUUAUAAUGUUCAUGGUGAAAAUGGCAAGAAAUUUCUCCUUCCAGCGAUUUGGGACUUUUCGAGCUCCAGCUGCAAGGUUAUUACUUAAAUUAGAAUUACUAUCAGGUUUAUGCAGAUAUUGAUAGAAAUAAGCUUGAGAAAUUGCAGGUGUGAGUAGAUACUGUAGUAUUGAAUAAUUGGAUAUAGCUGAAGUCCAUAUCCAAUGUUUUAUUUCUUUUUCCUUGUUCUUGGUAUCAUGUGGCUGGCAUAAGAGAAAAGGAGUGUAUUUACAUAUAGUAAUUACAUAACAGAUUUAGAUGGUUGUGAAUAGCCAAUAUUGUCUUUCUGGUUGAAACUAGACAUUAAACAAAAGCAGAUUCUACUUGCCUGCUUCGGUCUCCA